UGCUUCUGCUACGACAACCCGGCGGCGCUCCAGACGCAGAUUCAGCGGGAUAUGAAGGUGAACACAGCUCAGUUCAUGGCUCUCUAUGCCUGGUAUUCCUGGCCCAAUGUGGUUCUUUGCUUCUUUGGAGGUUUUCUGAUAGACAGAGUUUUUGGAAUACGGUUGGGCACUGUAGUAUUUAGUAUCUUUGUUUGUGUCGGGCAGGCAAUUUUUGCUUUGGGAGCGCUACUUAAUACUUUUUGGCUGAUGAACAUGGGAAGAUUCAUAUUUGGAAUAGGCGGAGAGUCCUUAGCGGUGGCACAAAACACGUAUGCAGUCAGUUGGUUUAAAGGCAAGGAGUUAAAUCUUGUGUUUGGAUUACAACUAAGCAUGGCCAGAAUUGGGAGCACAGUGAACAUGAAUAUCAUGGGAUGGAUAUACUCUAGAGUUCGAGAUCUUCUGGGGUAUACUGGUCCCAGUACUCUUGGGUUAACUCUCAUGAUAGGUGGCGUAACGUGUCUCUUUUCACUGAUCUGUGCAUUAAUCCUUGCUUAUCUGGACAAAAGAGCAGAGAAGCUCCUUUGUAAAGAGCAAGGGAAAACAGGUGAAGUGAUGAAGCUAACCGAUGUGAAGGACUUCUCUUUGUCCUUGUGGCUUAUCUUUGUAAUCUGUGUCUGUUACUAUGCAGCGGUUUUUCCUUUCAUUGGACUUGGAAAGGUUUUCUUUAUUGAGAAAUUCAAAUUCUCAUCUCAAGAAGCAAGUGCAAUUAACAGUAUUGUGUAUAUCAUAUCGGCAUCCAUGUCCCCAGUCUUUGGUCUCCUGGUGGAUAAACUUGGAAAGAAUAUCAUCUGGGUUUUAUGUGCUAUAAUAGCUACACUUGCUUCUCAUGUAAUGUUGGCUUUUACCUUCUGGAACCCCUGGAUAGCAAUGUGUUUGCUAGGAGUGGCCUACUCAUUGCUUGCCUGUGCCCUGUGGCCCAUGGUGGCCUUUGUUGUUCCAGAACACCAGCUGGGCACUGCCUAUGGCUUUAUGCAGUCUAUCCAGAAUCUCGGUCUGGCAGUUAUUGCUAUAGCAGCUGGGAUGAUUCUGGACAGAAGAGGAUACUUGUUUCUUGAAGUCUUCUUCAGUGCUUGUGUUUGCUUGUCACUAAUAGCUGUAGUCAUGCUGUAUUUUGUGAAUCAUCUCACAGGUGGUGAUCUCAACUGGUCUGCAAAGAAAAGGGAAAAACUGCAAAAAGUAGCUGCAACUGAGUAA